AUGCCUAGUUGCCCACGUUACACCAAAGAGCAGUUGCUCGACAUGCUCCAAAAGCAGAUCCCCAAUGCCAUAGUAAAACUUCCAAGACCAGAUGCCUUCACAUUUCAGUCGUUGCCGGACGGAAAGUCACAGCUCUGCAUCGGCACCUACGUCGAAGGACUGAGUGACCCCACCACAGAUGAGUUUUGGGUUGGCUGUGGCGGCACAGCGAAGCCCUGGUUGGCCUUUGACAUCGGUAAAAAAGACCAAUUUUUCCAUGGUGAUGCAUUCUUCAAGAAGAUGACCAAGAGCGGACAAGUCUAUUUGUUCGGUGAUGGGCUCAAGGCUAUAGUCGCCUUUGUCUUUGUCUACUGCGACAAGAUGGAAGAAUUCUGCGACUUUCAAUUUGGCAAGGGCUUCAACAUCCUGGUCGAAAAACUCAGGUACAUGUUCCCUGAAGUCGAGGAGAGCGCUCUGUCUGGAAACGGCACGGAAGACGCCGGUAGUGUCUCUGCUAAAAUCUCAGACGCGGACGCAGACGUGGUCAAGACUCUCGAUGACGACCAAUCUGCAGGGGAGAAGCCCGAGGAACAACUUGUGAAACCGUUGGACGAUGUCCUCCCUAAGAAGCCCAAGAAGCGAGCGCUCAGCGUCGACACCGACACCGACACCGACGAGCACUCGGUGGAGAGGAAGCUCCGCGUUGAGUAG